AUGUCAUUAAAAAGAGAAAAACAAGUGAGGACAUUAAAUGAUUUGGAUACAAUUAAAACAUGUGAUUUCCUUGCAAAUGAAUUGUAUAAAUAUUUACAAAAAAAUUGUUACUUAUCUUUUUUUGAUGAUAAUAUGGAUGUUAAAAGACAAAUCGAUGAAAUAACUGAACGAAAUGAUGGAUCUGUUGUAAGUGAAUACAAAGAAUUAUUUACUAAUCUUAUCGAAGCGUAUGGAGAAGGAACUCCAACCGCAGCAGUUUCACAAAUGUGUCUUGAUGCAGUGAAAGAAUUUGAAAUUCAAUAUAUUAUGCCUGAUGAUAAUAGUAAAGAAAGAAGAAGAGAAGGAAGAGGUCUUCUUGAUGGAGAAACAACAUUAAAAAAAAAGAAAGUUGAAAAUCUUAUAGGGAAAUUUGCAAAACGUAUUAUUAUGGAAGAUAAAUACAAAACUCUUGAUGACCUUAAAACUGAAAAAAGAUUUUUGAUUAAUAGAAAAGAUGAGAUAGAAAAAGAGAUUGCAAAAUUAACAGAAGAACUUAAAGAUUCAAUUGAACUUAUUUCACCUGAACCAAUAGAUAAAAUUGAACGAAAAGACUUUAAAGAUCCAUUCUUUUUUAAAAAGAAUAAAAUAAAAAAGAGUAAAAAGAUUGAUAACAGUUCAUCUUUUCAACCACCACCUAUAAAUUCAGCAUUAUUGGAUACUACUGAUGAAUCAAUUCCAGAAAGAAGUAAUGACGAACUUCGAAAUGUUGUACAAAAAAUGAUGAAUAUGAGUGGAAGCCAACUUUUAGAACUUAAAAACAUUAUUGAUGUAAAUGCAAACGAAACUGUUAAAUUUGAUCUUAAUAGUCUUUCUGAUGAUACUUUUAAAUUAAUGAAAAAUACUAUUAUGAAAUCUCACUAA